ACAGUUUCAGAUACAAAGCAGCAUGCUGUAGGGAUUGUGUGGUAGCAUUUUGUAAGACUUAAAGGAUUAAGAAACAGUCAAAUUCAGAAGACCUUGUUGUGACUGAAUCUAAAUUGCUGGUCAACAACAAAGGCUUUGGAGUCAUGCCGGUGGACCUGGCCAUGCACAUGAACCUGAAUCGCUAUCAACUUUUGGGAUUGUCCAGGCUUAGAUCCCACCAUGCUGUUUCUAGGCCUAGCAUGUGUGAUUCUCAGCGACCCCAAGCUCCUACAUCCCCCCAGAUUCCUGCCUCUCCAGUUAGUGUCCUAAACACUAUGAGCCCUUGUGGGAUACUGAAGAAGAAAAAACGAGUGGUAUUCGCAGACACUAAAGGACUGGCCCUUACUGCGGUGCGGAUCUUCAAGUCAGAUCCCCCAUUCUCUGACAUGGAGGAGCUUUCUCUUCCUGUCAAAAUGCAAACUGAAUCAUCUGUCCAAAGAAAGCAGCUGUGUCUCCGCUUGGGGUUCCCUCAGCCUUCUGCUGAUUUACCAUCAUACUUUGAAGGACUGGCAAAAUCACUGGUGCGUCUGGAGAGCUGUACCUUGACCUAUGGAUCGCUACUCGGAAAGGUGAGAGUCUGCAAUAUCAGUCCCAAGAAAGCUGUGCAUGUUCGCAUCACGUACAACUCGUGGAGGAGCCACCAGGACAUCCCGUGUACCCCGGUCCAUGAGAAGAACGAGAGCUCCGAGACAGAACUGUUUGUCUUCAACAUCCCUGUUCCUUUCUGUCCUAAUAUUCAGGAUCGUUUGGAGUUCUGUGUGUCCUUCCGUCCUGGAUCUGGCAGCAUGAUUCUGUGGGACAGCAAUGGUGGACAAAACUAUCGAAUCCUUGUGGAGAAUGUGAACUCAGAAGAAGCACACAUGGUUGAGAAAAUACCAUUGAGAUCCCAUAACUUUCAAAAUCUCCAAUCAUCACCCCAUAAGACAGGUCCAGCUUUGAAUAAAUCUUUGCUCACACGUUUCCUCUGAGAAAGGGGGAGGGAAUUUGUUUGACCUGUUAUCUCAUCUAAAAUAAUAGUCAGCAUGAAUUUAGGGAAAGAUAACUCUAUCAGGAGAGACAGAAAGAGGCGUACAGUAUGUAUGUUCUGAGAGCAAGUGAGCAGAAAACUAUAACAUCCAGUUCAAACUGGUAAAAUAAAAUAACCAGUCAGUGUUCGUACCUUCUAUUCAUCCGUGUUUGAUGAAUUUUGCUUAAAUAGGUGUCAAGAGGGAGUUUGACAGCCAGACAGCCAGACACCCAAGUCUGUGCUAGAUCUCUCCGCUCCAGUGGACUUGUGUGAGUUAGUGGCAUGUCAGUGAUCAGAUAGUGAUACAGAUAGUGAUACAGAUAGUGAUACAGAUAGUGAUAAUCUGUCUUGAUCACAGCACACCUGUAUAUCAGAUAUCGGAUUUGAUCAUAAGCAUCAGCACUUUAACAAGCUCAGCCUGUUUCAAGCUGUGAAGGUCUUUCACUUCCUGUGAAGUAGUUGCAGUGAACAUGAUAUGCUGUGAGAAUGACUCAUGUAACAUAUAUGUAGCAUAAUGAAGGUUUGAAUGUUUUAUAUGUAUAUUCGUUGAUGUUUGUUAAUUGUUCAUAUUCAGAAUAAACUUCUGAUACAAACAUGA